GUUACACAUGUCCGCCAAGGACACUGGCCACAGGACAACUGGACUGUGACACACUGCAGCCUCUGAGUGAGGGUGGUUUUCUUAGGGGACGCCACUGAACACUCGCCUCUCCGAGGGGGAAAAACAUAGACAAGUGUCAAAGGUUAUACAGGUUGAGGGGUUAUAUAAAAAGUGCCAUGAAGCUAAUGUGGAGCCUGCUGCUGCUGGGCCUGCUGCUGGCUGGGAGCUUUAGCGUGGCUCAGGAGGAAGAUGGAGAAGAGGCAAAGGAACCAGCCGAGGAUGCAGCUGUAGAAGAUGAAGAGGCAGCUGCAGACAAUGAAGAGGCGGCGGUGGAGGUGGAAGAGCCUGAGGGUCCUGUGACAGAAGCCGGCAUGACUGACGACCGGCAGCCUUGUGCCAUGUGGAUGGUAGGAGUGCCAGGCACUCCAGGGCACAGUGGGCACCUAGGGAGAGACGGUAGAGACGGGCACGACGGCCCUCGAGGUGAGAAAGGAGAUACAGGUGAACAAGGUGAGAAGGGAGAGCCUGGCGAAAACGGCGACAACGGCGCUCCGGGACCUCGCGGUUUCCCGGGCAACCCCGGUCUGAAGGGGGCACAGGGCGAGAGCGCCCUGUUGUACCAUUCCUCCUUCAGCGUGGGCCUGACAGAUCCCGUCCCCGCCACCAACGUGCCCAUCCGUUUCAAUAAAUUCUUCCACAACGAGCAGCACCACUACAAUGACGUGAGUGGAAAGUUCCAUUGCCUCCUCCCCGGGGUCUACUUCUUCACAUACCACCUCACAGUCUACACCAAAGAUGCUCGGGUGAGCCUGUUCAAGAACGACAAGCCCGUCAUGUUCACCUACGACCAGUACCACGAGGGCAACGUGGACCAGGCCUCGGGGGCCCUCAUACUGAGGCUGCAGUCUGGGGACGAGGUUUGGCUGCAGAUCUACGGAGAUGAGGAUUUUGGGGGGGUGUAUGCUGACAACACCAACGACUCCACCUUCUCCGGGUUUCUUUUGUAUCCUGACAUGGGAGAGUUGGAGGAAAGGAGACGUCGCUCUGUUGGAGUUAGUAGACACUGAGGUUGUGCAGGACCUGAAGGGUGAUAUUUCGAGCUGGGUGGGCUGUAGUGAAUUUUUCCUGACUGCUCUAUAUGCAUACAUUGCCCUCUGACUGGGGACUGUGGGGGAAGGGGUAAUAAGUCGCUUCUUAAAUUAGUAUGUUUUAAAAGAGUGCACCAAAUUUUUUAAAUGUGUUAGUUCUAUGAUCUAUAACAUGUUCCAUUUCAAUUGUUAGGUGUAUUCUAGCAUUAGAGACAUUUAGUAUUCAAUGUAAUAAGUUGUGCACUAACAAAAAGCGUAUUGCCUGGAUGGCUUUAUGGCAGUGUCACAUAUUUGGGCAGUGUCUGUGAAAUAAUAAAAUGUGUUAUAGUAAAUGUAAAAUGUCAUCAGAUAUGCUUUCUUUGUCAGAUAGCCAUUUCACAUAGCAGUGGUUUGUAAACAAGAUCAGCAAGUGAGUUUUGCUUUGCUGCUACGAUAGGGGCGUGGGUAGGUUUGAACAAAUGGGUCCAAAAUACUUCAGGAGUGUGGCAGGCAGGCCCCCUUUGGACAUUUGCUGGCUCCCAUUUAGCCAAACAGUCAGUUAGGGUUUGUCAGUAGUAUAGCCUACUUAUGGUUUGAUGACUAGGGCUUUUAUCUUUAUCAUUGGAUAAAGUUACAUGUGGUGGGAUGCAAUCCCCAAACUGAAUAAAUCUGUAUUCUAGUAAAAACUUGCUGAAAGAAGUUUCACUGUGCUUGUCUCUAUGCCAACAUUGAGGCUUAAAUAAAAACUGGAGAUCAGUGCAAAUUGUUGUAAUGUGAGCAGUGGCUUCUAGAUGUGACUCAGGGAACCCACCUCCAGAGCCAAUGGGUGACCUCCAUGUACAUUGCGUCACUUGCUCAUGAACCAAUUAUAACUAAGCUCUUCAUUCUGGAGGGUCUAUAUUGCUAAGACUAAAUAGUAAUGAAAUUGUAUCGUGCUGCUCUUGGCCACUGAAAUGGGCAGGGAACCACAAGAGACUAGUCAGGGCCACAUGAGUACUGUCAAUAGUACCAAUAGAGUAGACAAGUGCCUUGUUCAGGGACUUGAUACAAUAAGUGUUUACAUGAUCGGCAUGAGCGUAGCAUACGUGUUGGUUUGCUAGUUAAGACACUUAUUGGUUGAGAAAAAGACCAAGUCAAUGACAGAAUGCUGGCCAUAACACCUGCCUAUGAAGGCCCCAUUGGAAAAUUAAUACCUACCCAUCUCCUGUUCAAUGUUACGACUCACUUCCUAAUGUUGCUAAGGCUCUUGAACAAAAUUAUGACGAUGAGAGACAGAAAUGUAAAUAUGUAUUUUAUACCUCAACCUUCAAAUCAUGGUGCUCUAAAAAUAGCUCCAUACCAUAAAUAGUAAAAAAUAAAACAUAAAAAAAAUUGCUAGUGAAGAAUGUAAAUGCUUAUGAAAGAUAAUCUCUGAUUCAUUUGCUUUAGACACCAUCAAAUCAAUAAUAAGGGCCACUAUUCAUGCAUGUAUCCAGUGGCUCCACUGAUUCACACUGGUCCACUGAUUGGAUUCAUAUUUCCUGAUUGAAACAUAGGUUGAAGAUAUCUUCAACCUAGAUUAAAACCACCCAUCAAAAUUCAGAGGAAUAUCACAAUGCAAAACUUGAUCAGACAGCAUGAACAGAUAACAAUCAGCAGUGAAAGAGAGGUAAUGACAGGAAAGUAUUCAGUAACCAUUGUUGAGAAAUAUGAUAAAUGUUAAUAAAAUGCCUACAAGGGAAUCGAGGAGACAAAUGUAAAAGACGAGCCACAGAACAGAAUGAUCAUUGCCAUUUCCAGCUGUAUAUUGCCAUCUAGUGACGCAUGACGGGAGCAACUGAGCAUUAUGUUUGAAUUAGCACAACUGUACUUUUAUGUUUGCAGGUUAAGUACGACCAACAUUUCUGAAUUCAUGCAGCAAUCAUUAAAUGACGAGCAUGUUUACAACAUACAGAAAGAAGAAAGAUUCUGCUUUGUCAUGGAGGGUUUAAAGGAUUGGUUUCUUGUGUGUUAUCUUUGGCAGGUUUUGCAGUUGGAGGCAAGAUACCAUUUUGUUGUGAACCACUCUGGAAUAAUGCAUAUGCCUUCUUGCAAACAUCAGUAUAAC